GGGUAGGGGAGGAGAGAGACAAACAGACAGACAAAGGAAAGGAUGAAGCAGUUGCAUGUGAAGUGGUUUAGCAGUGCUCCAGUCAGCGUUCUUACCUCAUUCUCCUGAUGGUUGUUGGUACACAGCUCUCUCCAGCUGGGGCCUGGCUGGCUGCUGUGAUUAGCUGGUGACUGAUCCACAUUCAGAUCCCAUUGAGACAGACAGACGACAGGGCAGUGUCAGUGUGUGUGCGCUGGGACGAGAGUCAGCAUGAUGCAUCGGUGGGGUCUACUCAUCACUGUGUUCUACUGCCAGCUGUUCCUGGCUGCUGCUCAACACUGGAGGAAAGCCCUUUACCCAUCAGCCUUUAGAGUGAAGCGUGGCACACACUCAUUGGUCAACCCCACCUUCCAGAACUCUGUGGAAGAUGUUAACCUGCUGUUUGAGAUCCUGCUGGCAGGCCUGCAGAUUGAGGGUGAGGACAAGCCCUUCAUGAUCCCAGACAUGGAGCUGGCGUCUCUGAGGUCGGUCCAAAAGCUGGAGGUUAUCUGUGAGGACGUCCUGCCCAAGAGACUAUCCGAGAUCACACGUCUGACCUCCCACCUGUCCCAGCGCAGAGGUGCCCUGAGCAGGGAGGACUUUGAGCGCACAGUGCUGACUAUGGUGUACACUGCCCAGACUCUGGCUCAUACCACCUCCCAACACCAGAAGGCGCUGUGGGGAGACGCCCUGCUGCAGCUGUUCAGGGCCAUACAAGAAGAUCUGAUGCCCCCACCCAGGACACCUCAGCACUAGUGUUAUGGACAUGUGGACACAUUAUUUUAGAUAAUAUAAUAUACUGAUUAUUUUAUACUGUAACACAAGAGAAUUUGAAAGAUGUUUUCUAUUGUAUUCUGUUGUAUUGUAUUAUCAAAAUGACUGUUCUGAUAAUGUAAUAUGUUUGGUUAUGAUCAAAUGUUAUGAUCUAAUCAUAUUGCAAGGAGGAUGUGGGAAAAGGAGGGAUGUGAACUAUAUCUUGUUCAUGUUCUAUCUAUCGGAUUCCGCCUUGUUCCAGGACUUCAGAUGUAAUCAAACAUUUUAAAUAUUUUAUCAGUCACUCUGUCAUCAUGAUUCAUAACAGGUCUUUAUCUAAUCUUCUGUCAUAAUCUUCUCAGCUGUUUAUCACAAUCACAUAAUCUUUCCCCAGCACAGUCCUAUGGCGAAAAGGAGCUUCGUGAAAAGGUUGUCCUAUGAGGGGCAGAAAUAGUUGUAUUGACCUGUAACAUUGCUUUGGAUGAAGACAGAGGUAUCAAUUUGCUCAGCUUAUUUCUCUGUAAUUGAUAUUAUAAUAAAAUAAUGAUCAAUAUUUUUAACUGUACCAUGGUUAUGGCCAUGUUAUGAUCCAACCUAUCCUGAUGCAGUAAAAACAUAUAUUUAUGCCAAAUCA